AUGUACGGCCUCAAACAGUUGUCGCUUCUAAGCUUGAUGCUUCUAUCAGUAUCGGCAGCAAAGAACCCCAGAAGGACAAUUGUGCGUAUAUUCUUCCUGACUGCACACUAUAUCGCUAACAGGACUAUGCAGGUGGGCAUUCAAACCGCCGACAAGAGCCGUGGUAUCGAUGUGCCAUUGAAUGAUUGCCAUCCGAUCGAGGAAGAGGAUGUUCUUAUUGUGUCUUUGAAAAAGCCAUGCCGACUUUUCACCGGCCCUGAGUGCACCGGACGCAACACAUUCUUGAGUCCCGGCGACCACUCUUCGGAGGACCCAAUUCCCGUCAUCGAGUCGAUAUUUUGCCAGCCAUAA